UUCUCCUACUGACCCGCGUGUUCAGUUUUAUGAUCCCUGAAAACAGGAACCACUGAACGUCCCUUCACAAACCGCAGGCCGGGGGGGGGCGCGGACGGGGGGGCCGUAUCGGCUCCCGACACCAAAAACAGAAACUUGGAGAUUUUGGAGCGAGCGAAAAUGAAACUGGGCCGGGGCAAUAAAAGCCCUGGGGGACUUGGACGCUGGAUUCAUGCACCCGCUGGCCGGCCGGACAGACAGACGGCAGCGCCCGAGCUCCAGGAUGCGGCUGGGUGGACUCGCGCUGCUGCUCCAGGCGCUGCUGGGCUCCGGGCUCGUGGCGUUGGGGUUCCCCGCGGUCGGGCAGGGCCCCGGGUUCGAGGGAGCCGCCCGCUGGGGCUGGGAGAUGCAGGCAGAAUUCGGGAGCAGCUUGAAACUUGCCAGGAAACUCCUGGCAGAGACGAAAAUCCUCACGCAGCAAUUCGUGUCGGAGCGUCUGGCUGGCGCCAAGCUGCCAUUCCCCGUCCUGGCAAAGUCGGGGAUCCUGCCUCCCAUGAGCUGCACAGCCCAGCAGUGGCUGGCCCUGCCGGCCCUGCAGCGGCUGCGAGAGAUGAGGCGGGCGCUGGUCGUGUUUCGGGGCUACGUGCAGAUUCUGGGGCGCAAGGAUCCCGGCCUGGCGCAGGGGCUGGAGGAAAUCAGCCUGGAUCUGCGGGACUUGAUGCACCACAUCGAUUACCAGGUGUGGGGCUCUGGCCAGCCCACCCUGCCGCCCCCGGGGCCCCCUGCCCCCCCAAUCCUGCAGCACCCCAGCGCCUGGAGCAACCUGCAGGAGUCGUACCUGGUCCUGCGCGCCAUGGAGACCUUCCUGGGCCGCGUCGUCCGGGAGUUCACCCUGCUGCGCGUGGGGGGGGGGCUGGGCCCCCCACUGACCCCCCCAACCCCACCCCCGACAAAACUGACCCCCCGGGGUCACACUGCUGCUCCCAGAGCUGGGGGGAAAACCCAGGCAUCCGGGCUCCCAGCCCCCCUGCUCUAACUACCAGCCCGCCUCCCCACCAAGAGCCGGGCAGAGAACCCAGGCGUCCCCACUACCCUCCCGGAGCAGGGGAGAGAACCCAGGCGUCCUGGCUCCCAGCCCCCCCUGCUCUCACCCACCAGCCCCCACAACCCUCCUGGAGCCGGGGAGAGAACCCAGGCGUCCGGGCUCCCAGCAGCCCCGAUGUUAAUUUAUAUGAGUGGAUUUUUAUAUAUUAUUUAUUUUUUUGCUAUUUAUUACCAAGAAAUGUGAUUUUUAUUUAUUUUUUGUAAUAAAGUGACUAAUGUUAA